ACAAAACAAAGUGUCAAAUAAUUUGACAAAUUUAAGCAACACGACGACAAAAAAUCCCAGUUCUUUGAUUUAAUUUCACUUUCGCAAAUCCCUCAAUUGUUGUAUUCAUUUCUCACCCACAUUUGAAAAUAUUCCACAAAAGCCAUGGUUUUCGUAAAAAGUUGGGAAGACUUCGAAAUCGCUGCCGAAAAUAUGUACAUGGCCAAUCCAGGCACUUGUCGCUACACAAUGAAAUAUGUUCACAACAAGGGUCACAUAUUGCUGAAAUUGACCGACAACGUCAAGUGCAUUCAAUAUAAAGCUGAAAAUAUGCCUGAUUUGAAGAAAAUUGAAAAAUUCACGGGGAAUUUGAUGGGUCAUAUGGCAUCGAAGGAAUAGUUCAUUGAUGAUGGAUGAGGAGUGAUGACAACCAAAAGCACCAUAUAACCACCAACAACAAACAGCAACAACUCGUCACCAACAUUAAAAAACAUUAACAAAAACACACAUACACGAACAUAACAUGCUUUAAACACUUAGAAGUAACUUAGUGAAUUAAUUCAUUGAACAGGAAUUAAUUAAAAAGAAGACUUUAUGGGAAGGUGAUCCGCCAACGGCAUGGACAAUGGGCACAGAGUAGAAGUGUAAAUAUCAUUUAGUUUAAAUAACAUUUUAAAAAUGUUAGCUCUGUUUACCACCCAUCCGCGGCUAUCACUUGUUGGGAUUCAUGUGUUUUUUAUUUAAAUUUAUUUCCAUAUUAUCUGUAUGGAAAUUGUAUACCUAGGAAUAUCAACAAAACAGCAUUUGCAAAAAAUAUGUUUUUUUAUUUUAUUCUUUUUCUUAUUUAAACUCCGCCAGAGAAAUGUUAAUUUGUAAAACAUUUCCAUGAAAUGAUUUUUUUUUUAAGUUUUUACCAAUAUAGAAUAAAAACUAAUGAAAACAAAAUGUGUAAAAUUAAAAGAAGAAAA